AUGCGCGCUUCGCAGGAGCCCCUCAUCGACCAAGCCCAGACUUGCUCGGCCGACGGAUCAGCCGCCUCGAGCUCCAACUCGCAACAAGAGCUGGUACCCGAGGCCCUCGAUCCUCAGCACGUUGACCGUGACCCUGGCCUUCCGGCCGACAGCAGCCAGGAGAGCGAACCCCCGCGAUCCAAGCGAAGCUCCAGGCGGAAGCGGAAGAAGAAGUUCAUUCUUGCCCCGGCCAACGUAUUUUCGCGACUGUUCUUCUUUUGGAUUUUCCAACUCGUGCAGCUUGCCCGAGCAGCCAGAGACAUCCGCAACGUGAGCCUCGGCCUUCGGCAGCAAGAGACGGCUCGCCUCAAUGGCGAUGCCCUCGAGGCCGUCUGGGAAGACCAGCUUGCAGCAGCCCAGAGUCCUCGAAAACCCUCGCUCGUCAUGGCCCUGAUCAAGGCCUUUGGUCGCCAGUAUGCCUUGCUCUCGCUGUGGAAGGUUGGAUGGGCGAUAUUCACGUGGCUUGGAUCGUACUAUCUGCUCAAGUGGAUCCUCAUCUGGAACCAGGACGGCCAGGGAAAGAGCGACCGCGAUCCGCUCAAGGGCCACCUGCUCGCCCUCGGCUUGCUCCUGAGUGCAUCGCUUUCGGCCGUGUGCUUCCACCAGCUUACGAUCCACUGCACCAGCAUCGGCGUGAAGAUUCGUGCUGCACUCAUGGUCAUGGUGUAUCGCAAGUCCCUCAAGCUCAGCUAUGUCAAGGGUGGGAUCGGAGAUGUGGUCAAUCUGAUCUCGAUCGAAUGCAACCGCAUCGCAGAGGCAUCGAUUUUUUGGAAUGCGCUGUGGUCCGCCAUCCUGGAGUCGCUCAUCAUCGUGGGUCUUGCGUACGACGACAUUGGAUGGAGUGGGAUCCCGUCCUUCCUGCUCGUGAUUCUUGUAUUUCUGCCGAUUCAGUACUAUCUGGCCACCCGCGUGGCCGAUUUUUCGUAUCAAUCCACGGUCCAGAUGACGCAGCGUGUGCAUCUCAUGAGCGAAGUCCUGACAACCAUCAAGCUCAUCAAGUUCUACGCAUGGGAACGCUACUAUGAGAAGCGCAUGAUCGAGGCUCGGCAGAAAGAGCUUCGGCUGAUGAGGAAGGCUCUGCUGCUCAAAGUCACCAGCUUUGUCGUUGUCUUCUCGUCGCCACUCCUGUCGACCCUCACGGGCCUGCUGAUCUACUACUAUGUCGCCAAGAAGACAUUCGAUAGCGUGAACGUGUUCACUCUCCUCAGCUUGUUCAACACUUUGCGCUAUCCGCUGCUGCUUCUGCCCACUGCCGUCAAGACACUCUCGGCAGCCAAGAUUGCCGUCAAGCGACUCGAGGACUUUCUGAGCCUGCCUGAAAUCGACGUGGCUGCCCUGGAACAAGCUCAUGUCCAUCGCGAUAUUCCGGACGAAAUCAACGCCUCUUUCAUCUGGGACGGCGAUCUGGACCAUCCUCACAUCUCCGAGCUUACGCUGGAGCUGCGUCGGGGUCAAAUCAUAGCCGUCGUUGGCGAUCUCGCUUCUGGAAAGUCCCUACUGGCGGCACUGAUGCGGCAGAUCAAGCUCACCGAUGGCGUCUUUGAAACUUAUGGUACAUGUGGCUAUGUCCCGCAGGAGCCGUGGAUCAUCAAUGCCAGCAUCCGCGACAACAUCCUCUUUGGACAUGAUCUGGACGAGCAGAAAUACGUUGAUGUCAUUCGACUCUGUGGCCUGACGGACGAUCUGCUGGCCCUCUCAAACGGCGACACGUCUCUGACGACCGAGUUGAACCUCUCGAACAGCCAGAAGCAGCGCAUCUCUCUGGCCCGCUGUGUUUAUCACGAUCCCGACAUCAUUUUCCUUGAAGACUGCCUCAGUGACUUUGACCAGAGCAUGGCCAAGCGGAUCUUCAAGGAACUGAUCAAAAACAAUCUGCUCAAGACCAAGGCCAUGAUCAUGGUCACUCAGCAGAAGCAGUUUUUGCCGGACUGCGACACCAUCCUGGUCCUGAAGAGCGGUCGAGUUGUCAUCCAGGGCUCCUUUGCUGAGCUCAAAGCCAAGAAGGUCAACUUUUCGUCCUGGGUUGCCCAAGAUAACCUGGAAGCCAACCAGGCCACCAUCCAGGCCAUCCAAACCCUCAACAGCCAGUCGAUCCAGAGCGCGCAGAUCGACGAAGCCACCAUCACCAUGAUGAUCGAGCGAGACAACCUGUCGAUCCUCAAGGGCUCCACGAACCGUCCACCCGUCAACUUUGUCAACCAGGACGUGGUCACCCGCACCGUCGACGCCAACCAGCUGACCGUCCACUCGGUCCUCAACCUGGACUUCCGCACCAACACGCUGAUGGAGGUCGGCAUUGCGCGGCGAAAGUUCCUUCGCAGCGACCAUCCGCUCGGAUCAUAUGCGCUUUACCUGGAGGAGGGCUCCGGCACGCUCCUCGGCGUGGCACUGGUGCUGCUGUUCUUUGCUGUUCACGCCAUCCGGUUCGCAAGCGCCGUUGCCUUUGGCGGUCUGUUCCGCGGCAUGUGGUUCUCCUGGGCCGUGAUGGAAAAGAGCAUCUCGCUGCACGACCGGACGCUUCGAGCGGUACUGCAGGCUCCCAUGUCUUUCUUCGACAUCACUCCUCUUGGUCAGAUCCUGUCGCACUUUGCCCGCCACCUCUACGUCGUCGAUGAGAUCUUGCCCGAGUCGCUGCUGCAGAUUCUGUCGUUUGCGCCCAUCCCCAUCGGCACCGUCAUCUUGGUGUCGAUUGUUGUCCCGUGGUUCUGGGCCACGCUCCCGCUCUACUUCAUCCUCGGCCUGGCAGUGUACAUGUACUGCCAAGAGGCCGAGACCAAGUUCAAGAAUCUGGAAGCUUCCAACAAGGCACCUAUGUUUUCGCAUCUGUCGGCAACGCUCGAGGGAUUGUUCAGCAUCCGGCUCUACAAUGCCCGGGAUCGCUUCGACUCGUUCAACCUAACGUUGAUCGAUGCAGACCACAAGGCACUCUACUCGCUUAUGCUUGUGAAAUCGAUGAUGUCCUUCUACAUCGAUAUCAUCUGCGCCCUCUUCAUCUACGUCACGGUGUUGUUCCUGGUCAUCUACGAGACACCAUCGUCCAAGGCCGGCCUGGCGCUUUCGAAUGCCCUUCAGCUCCUGCUAUUUGUGCACUGGCUCACGCGGACCAUGAGCGACGUGCACUCCAGCAUCUCGAGCGUGGAGUCCGUUGUCAAGUUCCAGGAACAGAUUCCGCACUCGCCCCCGCGGAUCAUCACCUCGAACCGCCCGCCCUCGAGCUGGCCCAAGGAAGGAGCUAUCGAGUUCAAAAAUGUGGUGCUGCGAUAUAACCGGUACGGUGUCGUGGUGCUCAAGAAUGUCUCGUUCAGGCUGUCGCCUGGCGAGAAAAUCAGCAUCGUUGGCCGCUCCGGCUCCGGAAAGACGACCAUUCUUGUUGCUCUCCUGCGCAUCGCCGAGGCGUCUGAGGGCGACAUUAUCAUCGAUGGCAUCAACAUCUCCACGAUCGGAAUUGCCGAUCUCCGCAGCCGCAUCGCCGUCAUUCCCCAGGAACCCAUCCUCCUGACUGGCACCAUUCGGUCAAACCUGGAUCCGUUCGGCUCUCGGACGGAUGAGGCAAUCUGGAACGCCUUGAAGAGUGUGCACCUGGGUGCCAAGAUCCAAGAAAUGCCCGAGCGCCUGGAUACCCCGAUUGCAGAAAAUGGAAAGACAUUCAGUGUCUCCGAGCGCCAGCUCUUCUGUAUCGCGCGUGCCAUUCUGCUGGACACCCGCGUUGUCGUUCUUGACGAGCCCACGAAUGCAAUUGAUGCCGAGUCCACCUCCCUCGUCGAGGAAACCAUCAAGCAAAACUUUGCCAAUGCGACGGUCAUUGUGCUCGCCAGCCGGUUCCACAACGUUAUCCGAUCCGACCGCAUCAUGGUUAUGGAUGCCGGCCGAAUCGUGGAGUUCGAUACCCCGAUCAACCUCCUCAACAACCCACGCGGCAAGUUCUCCCGCAUGGUAUCGCAAAAGGGCGACAUCGACGUGAUCCAGCUGAAGGAACAUGCCCGUGCCCACGCCGAUGACAGGUCGGCGAGCCGACGGACCAGCAAGGUGCAGACGAACGCUCGUCGUGCGAGCGAUACGACUUCACCGUCCCUGCUGGGCCAGCAGCUGUCGGACUCGUCGCUCCGCGACUUGGAUGCACGGCCAUCUGUUGCAUCGUCGUCGUCGUCCCAGUCCAGCUCUGACCUGAGUGUGCCGAAAAAAUCGGCCAUGCCCAAGAGCUUGGAAUUGCUGUUUGAGGGCCAGGACAUGGCGUCCGCAGCACCAGCCUCGGCGAUACCCAAGCGGCUGUCCGAGUCAGCCCGCAACCGAAGCGACGGCAGCCUGCGCGAGCUUGCUGCUACCAUUGCGGCCCAGCAGCGACAGAGCGGCCGCGGAUGA